UCUUAAAUAACCAUUUUAACAGUAACAUGGUAAACGGAAAAAAAGUCCCCAGAAAAAAGUCUCUCUCGUUACAGUGGGAGUUAUCCGUUUCCGCCAAAAUAAUAUUGACCGUUUCCGCCAUAGCCCUUUUCCACUGAUAAUCUUCGAUAAUUGUUAAUAAUCAUCGAUAAUAACGGUUAAUAAUAACGGUACACUGUAUCAUAGUUUAUUUAUAAUACGCACAUAAUAAUUGACAUAAUCUAUAAUUUGAUAGUUAUACACAGUACCAUAUACAGGUACCUAUCAUACAUAUUCAGUUUCGUAUUAAUUGUACACGAGUGUAGUUUAAGUGUUUAACCAUGGAACUUCUUAAAUCAAACAAGGGAAAUGAUAAAAUUGCACUUGACGGGUAUGCUUAUACUAUAAAAGAGACAUACCAGAGUAUAAUCCGAUGGAAAUGUUCCAAAAAAUCGUCAAUGAAAUGUCCAGCAAUAUUAAUUACCAAUUUGAAAAUUUCAAAAAUCAUACGAUUUGAAGAAGAACACUGUCAUUGCGCUAAUAAAGGUGCAAUAGGAGCUAUGAAAAUCAAACAAAUAAUAAAGAAAUGUUCACUUCAGACUUGUAACAAUCCAGGACAAAUUUUUGUCCAAAAUGUACCAAAAGAGAUAUUAAUUGAAUUACUAUUCGAAAUUUCGAUAAAAAGAAGUAUUCGUAACCAAAGGAGCAGUUUAAACCCUAAAAAACCAAAUAGUCUACAAGAACUUGUUAUUGAAGUUAAUUUGCAUUACUUAUUAUUAUAAAAAUGUAUAAGUGGCUUGGUGUGGCGUCAUGUAUCGGUCAUUUAUUUUAGAGCUAUACCAAAAACCAAAAUCAAUUUUUUCAAAAACCGAAUUUGCGGAAAAAUUCUCGAUUUUCCUUAAUUUUUUUUAUUUUUUCUGGCGCUUUUGAAACUUAUUUUAAAGUUGAAAAUCGAUGCAUUAUUUCGAAUA